UAAGAUAAUCCCAUGAAGAUUCAAAGUCGAAUGUCAUUCUAACACACCUCCCCCCCGGGUAAUUAGAUGUGUAUAAUGUAUGACGCAUUAGACGUGUAUAAUGUAUCACGUGAAUAGCUCAUUGGUAUAGUCGAAGUAGUAUCGAUAGUAUGGUAAGUAUGAUGUUGUGUGUGGUUAAUGUUGUUGUGGGUAUUAAAGGUUGUGUGUAGUUAAUGUUAUAAUGUGUUGUAUUUGGUGUGUUGCGGUUGUUUUGGGGAGUCGUGAGAGCUCUAGUGCGGGUUCUCAAGACUCUGAUGUAAAAGUUAUUAAAGUGCGCAUGCGCUUAGUAACGUAGUUGUUUAGCGUGUUUUUCCCAUUUUCCCUUCCUUGGGGAGCUGUUUUCAUGAUGGAAGAGUUAACUCAGGAAUUUGAGAAUGAAAAGCAUUUGUGGAGUAUAAGAAAAGGGGAUAAAGAAAUAGAAUUUAUGGAAGGUGGAAGUCGUGAUUUGCUCAUAAAAUGGCGUUUUACUGAAAAUGAAAGUUUGAAACUUCAAAAAGAAGGAAUUAAAGUAAAACAUGGUCGUUGGUCUAAGAAAGAGACAAAGAGAUUAACCAAAAACAUGACAAAGUACUUGAAGAAACACAAUCUUGAAAAUGCCACACGUUUAAUUUUUGGUGAGAAGGAAGUGGGGGAAAAAAGGCGUAGAGACAAGCUUGUGGAAGACCAAACAAUACAUACAAACUUUUAUCGCACUCUAGCUAAAGGAAUAGAUCGUCCAUUGAGGAAGAUUUAUAAAAAAUCAAGAAGUAUUUUUAAUGAAUCAAAACAUGAAAGGUGGUCAAGUGAUGAAACAGAAGAGUUGCUAAGGUUGCACGAAAUUUAUGGAAAUAAGUGGGUAAAGAUUGGAAGUAUUCUUGGACGCAAUGGAGUGUCUGCUUUUUAUCGAUUCAUUAUGAUCACUCGGAGAACUACUGUUGGACGUUGGUCCAAGGAGGAAACUGAUCGUCUACAUGGUGCGGUCAGAGCAGUUACUGGAACUGAAUUUGACACUCAAAUUUUUGGAGAAAUAGACUGGAACGAGGUUUCCACAUAUGUCAUGAGUAGGGAUGCUAUUCAAUGUAGAAGAAAAUGGUUAGUAUUUGUUUGUUUGGAUUUUUUUGUUAAUUAUCAGAAUACAAUAGUUCAAAAACAGUAUAUUUAUUUUUAUUUGCUGUAA